AUGGGGGGGGGCUGUGCUUCCUGCUUCCUGUGCUUACCGGAUGGAACUUGCCACCGCCGCCCCCAAGGGCAGGGGUCACUGCCUGCUGCGUCCACGCCUGUCCCAGCAGACGGGCACACCUUGUCUGGAGCUCUGCCUGGCUCCCUGUCAUCCCUGCUGGACUGUCCUGAUCGCACACUCCCCGUCACAGGCUUGCCGCCCUUCAGCCAGUGUCCUGGGCUGCCAGAGCGCCAGGCCGCAGGCCACCUGUCACGACUGCAGACCUAUUACCCUGUAUUCAUCCUACACAGACUGAAUGGAAAGACUUCUGUGGGUCCUAAGCAGGGCCGUCCUGCCUACACCAUUCCCCUGGGGUUUAGGUGGUGCCCUCCCGAAGGACUGAGACCCUUCCUCAUUUCUGGAGAGUUCCUGGCUUGGGUCUGGGCGAGCCCUGACGAGAUGCCCCUGCCUGAAACCGUACCACCCGAAAUCCAGGCAGGACGCGCUCUGAUUGGCUCUCACUGCCCGAUGCACAUCCUUCAGAGACUGCUUGUGGUGACUGUAUGUGAGAUUAUCCGGCCGACGCCCGGGGCACCGGGGCUUGUGGGCGUGAGCCUGGCCGGACAGGCCACUGCAGCUGCUCCUCAUGGUCAUGAACGCGUCGCCUCUCGGUUGGAUGAAGCACGUGGCAGCCGCAGCUUUGCUGUGGGCGACUUCCCCCCAUCACUCCUGCAGACCUAA